AUGUAUUUAAAAAACUUUAUCAGUUUAAUUAAUCAUUCCAAAAAUAAUAAACAACUUUUAAAAAGAAUAUUACUAUAUAAAUCUUACUCAAAAACAACAACAUUCGGGGAAGAUUAUUCAAUUUCUAAAACAAGAAACAUUGGUAUUAUAGCUCACAUUGAUGCUGGGAAAACCACUACAACUGAAAGAAUGUUACAUUAUGCAGGAAUCACCAAAAGGAUAGGAGAUGUUGAUGAUGGUGACACAGUUAUGGAUUAUAUGAAGCAAGAACGAGAACGUGGCAUUACAAUCACAUCAGCAGCAAUAACAUUUGGUUGGAAAAAUCAUCGUAUUAAUUUGAUAGAUACACCAGGUCACGUUGAUUUCACUAUAGAAGUAGAACGCAGUAUACGAGUACUUGAUGGAGCUGUAACAAUAUUGGAUGCAGUGUCAGGUGUUGAAGCUCAAACACAAACAGUUUGGUCUCAAGCUGAUCGAUAUGAUAUACCUAGAAUAGCUUAUGUCAAUAAAAUGGAUAGAUUGGGGGCUAGGUUUGGCAGAACUGUAUAUGAAAUGUAUAGCAAAUUGCAAACUAGACCAUUAGUGUGUCAAUUGCCAGUAUUGAGAAAGGAUGAUUAUGGAAAUAUAGUAUUUUCAGGUGUUGUUGAUUUGUUGGAAUUGGAGGUAAUUGAUUGGGAUAAAAAUCCAAAUGGUACAACUAUAACUAGAACUCCAUUAACUGAAAGUUAUCCUCAAAUUCCAAAUCUAUACAGUGAAGCAAUUAAGGCUAGAUCUAUUCUGGUUGAAACUUUAUCUGAGAGUGAUGAUUAUUUGUUGGAAAAGUUUCUAGAGACUGAAAACUCCUUACAGGUUUCUGCAAAGGAUAUUCGUGAAGCAAUACGCAAAGCUACAAUCACCUGUAAAGUUGUUCCAGUUUUUUGUGGUGCAUCAUUUCGUAAUAUUGGUGUACAACCUUUGAUGGAUGCUGUGAUAGAUUAUUUACCUUCACCACAAGAUCGUCCUUUACCUUUUGCAAACAUUUCAGAUGAUAAAUUAAUCGAAAUUGAACUAAAUGAAAACAAUAAAUCAUGUGCAUUGGCAUUUAAAGUUUUACAUGAUCAGAAACGUGGACCCAUGGUAUUUGUUCGUAAAAUUGAUAACAAGAUGAUACUCUACAAUACUAAUACCAGCCAAAAAGAACGGGUAAAUAAAUUGUUACAAAUGUAUUCAAACAAUGUAGAAGAAAUUCCAUCAAUAAUCUCUGGUAAUAUUGGCGUGAUUUUAGGGUUGAAGGAGACUAGAACUGGUGAUACUCUUAUUCAAUUCAAUGACUCACGUAAAACACUUCGAUUACAAAAUAUUCAAAUUCCAGCACCAGUCUUUUUUUGUGCUGUUGAACCUUCUUCUAUUUCUGAUGAGAAACCAUUAGAAGAGGCACUCAAGAAUUUGUUGAGAGAAGAUCCCUCCUUGCAUGUUCAUGUGGAUGUUGAUUCUGGCCAAACAUUAAUUAGUGGAAUGGGUGAAUUGCACUUGGAAAUUGUUAAAGAUCGUUUGUUAAAUGAGUAUAAGGUAAAUGCUGAGAUGGGUAAGAUGAGAAUAUCAUAUAGAGAGACUUUAACAAGUGAAAAAGUAGAUUAUACUUAUUUAUAUGAUCGUGAAUUGAUGGGAAAACGUGCAAAAGUACAAGUAACAUUGACCAUAACACGAUUAUCAGAAUAUGAUAAUGGAUCACCUGAAAGCGAAGAAAUUAGGAUUGCAUUACGUUCAGGUAUUUUGUCAGCCCUUUACAGAGGACCAAUUUUAGGAUUUCCUUUAACCAGAUUGCACAUAAAAGUGCAUUCACUAAAUUUGUUUGGUAUUGAGCCAACAAAAGCUUCAAUAAGCACAUGCGCAUCACAAGCACUCUAUGAAGCAGUUAAAAAAGGGAAUCCUGUUUUGCUUGAACCAUUAAUGGAAGUGAAUGUACAAACAACUGAAGAAUAUUUAGGCAAUGUUCUUAGUGAUUUAACUAAUGUACCAUUAUCAUCAAUGUUGGGAUAUUCCAGUUCAUUAAGAUCUCUUACUGCUGGUACAGGAUCUUUUGAUAUGAAAGUACACUCUUUUGGAAUUAUGAAUGAAGAUAGAAUAAAGUCUGUCAUUCAAGAGAUGAGAGAAAGGGUACAAAUUCAACAUCCUGAACUUAAUCAAAGUUGA